AUAACAGAUGGCAAAACCUAUGAUCCCUCUCUCAUAAGAAAUGAUCAUAAAGAAGUGGUUACUCACAGCCCUGACAGACAAAGGGAAGUUCUGAUUGACAGAGUGCACUGAGCCAUUUCCCAUCAUGCCUCAUACCCCCACAGUGGUGUGAGGACUCUGGUGAACUUGCCCAGUUAGUGUAUUCAUUAACCAAUCCAUGACCGCUCUGAGUGUCCCCCACAGACCACAGCCACACCGCCGCCCCAUCUUUUUUCAGCCCAAUCCAGAGCUGUCCGUUCACACCGGCGGCUGCUGCCGUGUUGCUCAGCCUCUUCAAGUCCUCGCGGUCUCCUAUAACGGCGAGGUCAAAGUAGUUCUCUCUGCAGUACACCUGGGCAUCAUUCCAGGACUUGGCCAGAGGGAUCAGCUGUGAGGUCACCAUCAAACCCUUCACUCAUUAUCCUGUCUGUCAGACUUCGUCUUACACUCCCAAUCGCCAACAAUAAUCCACAUCCAUUCCCUGUCCCCCUUUUUCCAAAAUCCUGCCUGAUACGCAGGACACGCACACACAUUUUAUUCCAAGUCACCUCCUUGUCAUCCUACCUUAUAUAAAGCUGUUCUCCCUCCUGCCUGUUACACCUCGUGUUCUCACCCCAGUGAGCUCCCCUCUCCACUGAUCACACACGGCGCCAUGAUGUCUGAUGUGGAAGACCAUGGAGGCCACCAUGAAGAGGAGGAUGAGGAGCAGGGAGAGGGAGAAGAACGCCCCAAAUACAAGCCACUGGUCACUCAGCUCGCUGCUCCUAAAAUCCCAGAGGGCGAGAGGGUCGACUUUGAUGACAUCCACAGAAAAAGGAUGGAGAAAGACCUUCUGGAGCUGCAGACUCUGAUUGAUGUCCACUUUGAGCAGAGGAAGAAAGAGGAAGAGGAGCUGAUUGGACUCAAAGAGAGGAUUGAGAGCCGCAGGGCAGAAAGAGCUGAGCAGCAGCGCGUGAGGGCAGAAAAAGAGCGGGAUAGACAGACAAGGAUUGCGGAGGAGAGACAGAGGAAAGAGGAUGAGGAGGCGAAGAAGAGGGCAGAUGAUGAAGCAAAGAAGAAGAAGGUGCUCUCCAACAUGGGGGCUCACUUUGGCGGGUUCUUGGCCAAGGUGGAGCAAAGGCGAGGCAAAAGGCAAACCGCACGGGAAAUCAAGAAGAAGACUCUGGCGGAAAGACGCAAGCCACUGGCGAUAGAGAACCUGAGAGAAGACAGCCUGAGAGAACGAGCCAAGGAGAUGUGGGAAUGGAUUUACCACCUGGAGUCAGAAAAAUUUGAUUUAACCGAAAAGAUGAAGAGGCAGAAAUAUGAGAUAAAUGUCCUUCUGAACAGAAUCCAACACGCUCAGAAAUUCAAAAAGGUCCAUGGAAAGGGAAAGGUUGGAGGGCGCUGGAAGUAAACACCCAUACAGGAAGGAACAAGAGGACACUUGACUGGUUUUAGGCAAAUAUAGCGACAAUGCAACAAAAUU